AUGUUCACUAAGAAGCUACAGUUCAAGCUGGCGUCUAACAUCAAGACCUCGGAACGUAGAGCCGUGCUUGCUGAGGUUAUCGAGUACUACAACCUCAAAAAUGUCGCUAAAGAAUAUGAGCUAUUGUUACUACCAAAGACUAUCAAGGCAGGAGGCUUCUCCACGGUGCAUCACUCCCAAACUAUAAAAGGCACAAUCUUCUCCGACGACUCCAAUGUUCCCGUAUGGUUUGACAUUGCCGGCAAUCAAUUGCUUCCGACUGUUUUCACGUGCUGGAAAUGCCCUGGACUUCUUCCUCAAGUGGUCACUCACCAGUACGUGAUUGAACGGUUGACCCAGGGAGCCAAUCUCAUGAUGAGAGGGAUCUCUGGUCCGUAUGAUCCUCGUUGUAAGCCAGACACGAUUGUAGGAGUCGUGGACUACCUUCGACCCAAUGUGAUUCUUGCCGUAGGGGUGUGUCUUGUGCUGUUACCUGAGGAUAGAGAGAAGAAUGAAGGUGUGGUGGUGAGGAUCCUCCACACGGUCAAUGACCUGUUGUACCAGCUUAAUGACAAUGAAGGAGUUGUUAUACCGAAAGAGAUUGAGUUGGUGGUAGAACAAACCAAGGAAGAGGUUGAGCCAGUUGAAGAAGUUGAGAACGUUGAGACUGGUGAACAAGAAGCGGAAGAUAAUAACUGUGAUGAUGACCGCACUGAUGACUUGUCCCGAUUAGGUGAAACUGUUGAUACACUUUCUCUUGAAGAUGUGGACAACUUCUUUACUAGGGGAUUACUUCAAAGCAUCAAGCUUGAUUCCAUCGAAACCCCGAUCUCCUCCUCUACUUUGAUGUCCAAUCAUAUCCUCAAACACGUGCCACCUCCACAGGAAGAGAUCAACAUGAAGAAGACAUCCUGGAAGAAGACUGCGAAAUACUUGAAGGCCAUGGAGAAGUUGGGCUACAUAACGCUAAAGGGUAAGGGAGACGAUUUGACUGUAGUAAAGGUUAUAUCGACUAGUGAGCCUGUCAUACAAAACUUUGUACCCACCAAGAUCAAACAUCCAACAGUGGCUGCUGCUGCUACCGCUGCUUCAACAGCAGGUAAUAAUUCUUUACAGGUGAUCAAGCUCUACAGAGGCAAGUCCAACAGUCUCCUGCUAUUCCCGGAGAUUAAGGACCCAGCUGGUUACUACGACGCAAAGGAACUACGUCAAUGCUUGGAGCAAUACAUCCGUGUCCAUCAACUUGCCGACCCCAAGAACAAAAAGCAAGUGUUGCUUAAUGAUGAUCUCAAGAAGUUGUGCAAGAGCGCGACUCAAGAGUCAAAAUUGACUCGUGAUAAGCUCACCGAAGCCCUUCUCAAGUCAUUGGUGCACUAUCACCAAAUCGUUUCACGUGACGAUGACGACAAUGGCGACUCACGUAGUAGUCCGAUUGUCAGUGGAGAGCCACCCAAAGUCCAAGUUAUAACCGAGACCCGGAUAGGCCGUAAGGUUGUCACUCGCCUCUACAACUUUGAGCCGUUCCGAGUGCACGCUUCGAGGUUUGCUGAUGAGCUAAAGGUCAAGUGCAGUGGCAGUGCGACCAUCGGGACCAAUGCUAUGAAUAAAACCGAGAUCAUGGUUCAAGGACCCCAUGGUAAGUUGGUCGUUGACUUGCUAAAAGAAAAGGGGGUUCCUGUAUCCCAUAUAGAGUUUGAAGACAAGUCCAAGAAGAAGAGAAAGAAGUGA